AUGUCUGAUGACAGUAAUAAGUUAGUUAAGCCGUCACAGUCAGAUGACACUGAAAGGCAGCGUUCAUCGCCACGACCUCCAAGUAUUCCAGAGGAAAUGAUCAAUAUGGUUGGAGCUUCACCGCCUAGAUUUGUGACCUUUGAGCAGCUGAUGUCAGCAGCAAAUGGAAUGAAAAACAUGACCCUCGCCCAUGAAAUUGCAGUCAAUGACAGCUUUGAACUUCACAAACAUGAUGGUCCAUCUAACAGCUGGGAGAAAAAACUUGCUGAAACUGUUCAUCGUGCAUUCUGGGAUGCUUUCCAGGAAAAGUUGAACCAGGAUCCCCCAGAUUUAAGCUUUGCAUAUGCCAUGUUGCAGGAGUUACGAGAGACACUGCUGAACAUAUUAUUGCCACAACACCAGUGUCUGAGAGAUCAGAUUUGUGAGGUCCUUGACCUCAGCCUUAUUAGGCAGCAAAUAGACAAUGGAGCCUUUGAUUUUGAUCAUUAUGCUAAAUAUAUAACUGACACAAUGGCAAAGCUAUGUGCACCUGCUAGAGAUGAGAACAUUGCAGAAAUUAGAGCACUCAAUGAUAUUGUACCAAAAUUUAAAGCUAUUAUGGAUACUUUGGAAUUGAUGCGUAGGGACAUGGCCAACUUUACCAUUAAACAGAUCAGGCCUUACAUACAGCAGAACUCCAUAGAAUAUGAAAGAAAGAAAUUUUCAGAAUAUUUUGAGGCACAGCAAGCUGUGGGGAUUAAUGCUCUUCAGUAUACUGAAGUCUGGUUGAAAAGGAAUUAUGACAAACUGGCAAAAAGUUCCAGUAAUUCUACAGAUUCUAGUGGGUCAUCUGGAAUACCAACACCAGCAAAUGUCAUGACUGAAGGUUUUCUUGAAGUUCUAGAAUGGCCAGAUCCAAAUAAUUUUCCAGAGACACUGAUGAUGGAUCAGUUUCGCUUCAUGGCAAUGAGAGACAAACUUCAUACUCUUGGUUUAAUCACAUCAGUACAGCUGAUUACCUACAGUGUUGUUGGACCUUCUGUUGAGGGAGUGGAGAAUCUGAAGAAGCAGUUGAAAGAGCAUGUGGAAAUUUUGCUUCAGGAUGUUGGCCAAAAAGGUAUCAAGCCAGUUCUUGAGUCUGUGGCUGAGCAGGUUGUAAAAGAUGUCAAUGACAGCUUGGAGAACCGCAAGUUGACUCCUCUAACUGAUGAUACGAAACAAACUCUCAAAGGCCAGAUAAUGAACCUUGGUUCAAGGGAGAGCACCGUGAGGAAGUUGAUGCAUACUCGCCUAAUGGAAUUUCUGCGUGAAGGUAUGACAGGGAAAAGUAUCAACAACCUGCAAUUACCUAAAGGUUGUACAGUGGUACAACAGGAGCUGGUACAGAUUCUUGGAAAUUUCCUUCGCCUUAGCUCACACAACCGCUCGGUGUUUGGAGAACAGUAUUCACAAAUACUUGAGAAGCUAAUGCAGCGCAGAGAACUGCCACCUUCCACUAGCCCUUCUGUGAAUGCUGCUUGA